AUGUCGUGUCAGAAUCCCGCAAACGUCGCCCCCUUUCUCACCCGCGAUACCAGCGUCGGUCACCAGAACGGAAAGCCGCAGGACCAGCAAGCCGGUGACCGUGUCUAUUUCUGUCGUAAUUGCAACUUCGGCCCCAUGAUCUGCGCCCUUUACUCUGCCUGCAUUGUGUGUUCACGCGAACUGGAAUCCAAUGGCGACAUAGACUUCAUCCCAGACAACACCGGCGGCCGCACAAAGCCUCAAGAGCCUCAAGGCAGGCAUCACGCGGGGCCUUCCGUCAGACGUGAUGAUGCAAGGCAAGCCGUGAACUCGUCCAACCAGGCUGCCGAGCCUGCGGAGCCGCACAGGCAGCAACUCCCCGAAUCGACUGAAGAGCCGACAUUCCAGCCUCGCAUCAUCCAGGGUGAUGGUAUGGUGACUAUCCCCGGGCAAAUCAACGACGGUCACAAUAUGUUGAGCCAAUAUAUCAACAGCCCACCAAGCGUCGUCGAAAGGCUGGCCAAUGGGUUCGCCAAUGACGGAAGUUUGCUGGAAGACACCGAGUAUAUCGAGGCUUGCUGGAAGCUUGGAUACGAACCAUAUGUGUGGGAAUACCAAGAGGGAGACCCACUUGACCAGAUGGAACCGCAAGGCUAUGACUUCAUGGAACACUCCCAAUGA